CAGCACGGUAUGUCCGGUCUGUUUUCAGUUGGCAGUGAAGGUAAUUAUUUACUCGCUAGCCUUUGUGAUAACUUUCAAGUUUGGAUUUGGCUCGGGCAUCUAGGGGGCAGCCAUGCCGGGCCUAAAGCUGAUAUCUGCGACUGACACGCAGUAUUCAGUUGCUGUUCUGAAGUCCCUGAAUGAGCAGCGAACUAAUGGCUUGUUUUGUGACAUCACCAUCAUCAUACAGGACAAGAAAUUCAGAGCACACAAAACAAUCUUGUCUGCCUCGAGCACGUACUUUCACCAGCUUUUUACUGUCGCCGGACAAGUGAUCGAACUCAACUUCAUCAGGCCAGAAAUCUUUGAGCACAUCCUCAACUAUAUCUACAGCUCCAAGAUUGUCCGUGUCCGUUCUGACAUGCUCGAGGACCUCAUAAAUGCUGGAAAGAUACUGGGAGUGAAAUUCAUUGCUAACUUGCAUUUGCCACUGUCACAAGUGAAAGGUCUGCCUGGUUUGUCACCGGAGGCAGAAAACAAAAGCGAUGCAUCCUCAGAGGUUAUGCCUGUCAUCACGGAGUCCUUCUCCAUUUCCGCAGAGGAAUUCAAUCAGACAAAGAGACUUGGAUGUAACGAGGAGGACUCGGAUGAUGUUGUAUUUGUCUCUUGUACAGAUGCUCAAAGCAGAGCAGCGAGUCGGAGAGCAAACCCUUCUGAGAUUAUUGAUUUGGACAACUUGGAAUCAGAAAGCGUUGAAUCCAAACAAAAUGAAGAUUCACAUCAUGUUGCAGCGCAUGGAGAAAAAGCAGCAACCACCCCGAGAACUAAUGGUGCAAACUGUCCCAGCGUCAGUGGACAUGUGAAUAGUCUACGUAGUCCAGACAGCAGCUCCAGUAACUCUCCUGUUAGAGUUUCUUUAGGAAGUGUUUCCACAACACCUGCCCGCUCAGGCAGCAUCACGCCUGAGCCGACAAGUGCUUUCCAGUCACCUGAAAACGAUGACAUGUUGGGUGUCCACAAGAAGAAAGUCAGUUCUUCAUCUCAGCAGGGCGAUCUAAAGAUAAGGCUCCUGGAUGUUUCUGAAAUCGCAGCUCUUCCUGCUAACAACCCCAAGGGAACUAUAGAAGCAAAACAGACAGUGACCCUCGACACAGGCACAAAAAUUGAUUCUCUGUCAUCAGGCUGUAAAGUGUAUGCCAACAUAGGAGAGGAUACCUAUGACAUUGUUCAAAUGAACGAAGACCCAGGAGAAGGAGGCUCCAAACCCAAUAAAGGGAAACGAGCUUUAAUGGCAACGCCCACAAAAUCCUUUGAUAAAUCACUGUUGUCACCAACGCUUGGACCAAACAAGAAGAAGAAUAAAAUGGAGCUCGAGGAUCACUAUGAGCUGAUCAUGGAUGGAAAGACUUUCUAUGUUUGCGCCGUUUGUAAGCGCCCAUAUGUGUGCAUCACGAGCCUGCGCCGUCACUUCAACACUCACUCGUGGGAAAAGAAAUACCCGUGUCACUUCUGCAACAAGGUCUUUGCGCUGGCAGAGUACAGAACUAAACAUGAAAUCACCCACACAGGUGAGAGGAGGUACCAGUGCCUGUUGUGUAAUGAAAUGUUUCUAAAUUACCAGAUACUCUCCAAUCACUGCAAGCAAGUCCACAAUCAGGAUGCCAGUGGGAGGAAGCAAAAGGAUGAUGGUGACAACAACUUGUACCGCCUGCUGCCGUGUAAAUCGACAAAGAAGAAGUCUUGGGUGACCAACCUACCAGGAACACCUCUCAUUUCCGAGGACGGCAGCAUGCAGGAAAUGACCUCUGCAGAUGUGGAGGACAUCCACUCUUCAACGCAGAGCAGGAUGUUGAACUGGGACAACCUCUUCGCCGAGCCCAAUGCUCACAUGAGACCAGACUCUCAUAUGCAGCCAAUAUCAGACAUGAGCUCCCCUCCGCAGGGAGCCACAGAGUUUGAGUACAUCACACCAUAGACCUCCUGAAAAACAUUCAGUCCUCCUAUAUCCCGUGCCUUCUUCGUUAUUCUUCCACCUUAGUCCUCAAAUUCCUGUCGUCUAAUGUGAUUAAAUCCUAAACCACUGCAAAACAGGGCUUUUAAAGAAACCCUAAAUGUCUUUAUUUAGUUUCUGUUUCUGAAGGUUCAAGGGAGUUAAGGUAAAACAAUUUGAAAGGUUAAACUUACAGCUUUUAGUGUAAAUGUAAAACUUUGCCCUGUCAUUUGUCAUUAUUCUUUACAUCAACUUCUAAAACAUACAUCUGUUAGAAUAAUUUCUAACUAAAUAUUUUUCAUACCAGUCUGGAUAAGUCAAUACAUGUUCUGAUUUGUUCAUAGUAGUUAAGGUCCAGUAGUUUGCCUUCCAGUUAAAUGAAGCUGGUGUUGAACUUUGUAGUAAUUGUAACAUAGCAGUCAUGGACACUCUGGACCUGGAACAGAACAGGAAUCUGUUAAUCACCGACUUCACACUGAUUUGAUCAUCCAACAUAUUUUUAAAACAAGGAUCAUGUGUUGCUCAAUUUACUGACUCUUCUGAACAGUAAAGGUGGGACGUCUCAUUCAGGAUCAGCCCAAGUAAUCUUUUACUAAUCAUCCAGCAUGUUUCAUGUUGAAAUGUGAGAUGAAUGUAUUUGUACCAUUUAGGCCUUGAUGCCUAAAACGGUUCCAGGCGGCAGCAGGCUGACCCGAGCCCGGUUCAGAAAACAGGAACAGGGUGACCAGUUUUUAUAAUGUGAACCUUUCACUGAUUACUGUCUUUGUCAAUCCACGUGUUACUGGUCUAUGGUUAAUAUAUCCAUAUUUUACUGCGUUUUAUAUUCUGACUGAAAUGUAUUAAAAACAAAUUCAUGGAAUGCAAUAAUGUUCAAAUAUUAAAUAUGUCAUCAAUACAAUGUUUCACUUGUUAAUGUUAGAAGGACCUGAUUUUUUUUGGAAUAACUUUUUUUAUUUCAAUGCUGUUCAAAGUUUUGUUGUGCUUUUUGUAAAAAUAUGUUUUCAUGAUGUCCUUGUUGCCACAUCUGGGUCUUGUGGCAGAACAUUUGUACAGUGCUAAAACUUCUGAGUGGUUUAAGAAAUCGUUUCAUUGGGUUAAUUACUUACAUAGUGUGAGCUGGGCUUUUAAAAUUUAAAUGUAAAGGUAGGGAUUUUAAAUUAGGUUUAUUAGUAUUUAGCUUUUAAAUUUGGAGAUUUUUAUGUUUUUGUUUUUUACAUCAUGUCAGAAAUUAGAACUUGCUUUUCACAGGUAAAGGUAGCACUAACGCUUGAAUCCAAUCUGUUGUGUUAUCAAAUUAAAUGCUACAGAUUUUUAAAUAAACAGAUACAAUGUA